UUUCAGAUCCCAACCAACAUCAAUACUCCGAUGGACCUCAAGAACCUUGCCCGCCGCUUCAGCCGCAGCGACGAGACGCCGACGUCGCCGCCGCCCGCGCCCUUUGCCCGCCCGGCCAGCAUCGACACGGCGCCCGUGCCCUUUGGCCACAACACGGGAGACCAUGAGGAGCUGCGCCGCGCCCGCCGCACCCGCAGCAAGAGCGAGUGCCUCCUCCUGGCCAAGAACCACUCGAAGAGCGACCUCCCGACGCCGUGCCAGGACUACAUUUCGCAGAUCCAGCUCAUCAUGGCCAAGAACGAGACGUCGCGCAGCCGCAACGGCAGCAACAGCAGCACGACCUCGGCCACGUCGCCGGUCGGCUCCAAGUCGACGCCGCCGACGCCCGUGGGGCCGGACGCAGCGUUCGUGCACCGCCGACGCAGCAACUCUGUGCGGACGAGCGCAAUCCCGGCCACCGAGUAAGCGUCCCGCCUUGGCCUAUCUAAUCGUUAUCUAUCUCGCGCCCACGUCGAAGGCGCUAUCUUAAAAGCCGCUCGUCCUCGUAAUAAAUAAUCUCUGUUGUACGUCUUA